UCUCAAAGCCCCGUGUACAGCCCACACACAGGGGGACGUGUCUAGAUUCUCUUGAGUUUCUGUUGACAAGACAGUUCGCGUCGUUUUAAUCUGAUUCGUUCUACUAAUUGUUUCGAGAACACCGUAUAUAAAGAUUUAUAUAUGUAUGUGUAUUUAUGACAAUUGUUUGCGGCGUUGAGAUCCAAAGCGCGAGACUACAGCUAACGUCAGUGAAACAGGAAAAAUGGAUUUGGGAGAUUCUCAACAAAAGACCAUAGCUCUUCUUAUCAAAACGCCUAAUCAGGCACUCGAGGAUCAAAGCGUCGAAGGCGUUGAUCUCAACUGGACUAUACAUGACUUAAAAAGACAUCUGUCAAGUGUUUAUUCAACACAACCGGCUGUGAGUGACCAGAGACUGAUCUAUGCUGGGAAACUGCUGCCCGAUCAUCUGCACAUUAAAGAUCUCUUCAGACAGACCGACUGUGUUCCCACACUGCACCUGGUGUGCGCUUUUAGGAGUCUACCGCAAGAGCCUCUGGGCGCUAGACCGAAGACCAGAGAGCCACGUCCCUGCGCUCUGAGGCCACAGGCAGCCUGUGCUUCAGCCGAUACCAGCACUCCUCCCUCCACAGUCCAGACUCCCGCAACUCCAGAGCUGAGGCAGAGGAGGCCGACCUCUUCAUCUCCAGCUGCUGCUUCAUCUCGCACAAAUGUCCCAGAGCCUCCCCCGGGACCUGCUGCUGCAAUGCCUGGAACACCGCAGAUGGUCCAACCAGCCUUCCCCACCUACUCUCUGUAUAGCCCUCAGCAGCUGCUGUGGCUUCAGCAGGUCUACGCCCAGCAGUAUUACAUGCAGUACCAUGCGGCGAUGGUGGCAGCCGCCCCUGCACCGGCCGCAACCCUUGGCCAGUAUCCGCCGGUCCCCGCCCACCAAGCACCUGUUCCAGACCCCUUAGCCAAUCAGAACCCCAUGAACAACUUGCCAGCAAAUCAGAACCUGGUGCAGGAAGGCGCCUUCAUCAACCCUGGGGAGGCCAACCAGAACCUGCGGAUGAACGCGCAGGGCGGGCCUGUGAUGGACGAGGAUGAGGACGUGGAGCGCGAUUGGCUGGACUGGUUGUACUCUGCCACAAGAUUCAGCGUCCUGCUGAUCAUCGUCUACUUCAACUCCAGCCUGAGCCGCUUCCUGCUGGUGACGAGCACCCUCCUCCUCAUGUACCUACACACGGUGGGUUGGUUUCCCUUCAGAGGGCGAGCAGCGGUCCAAGGACCCAACCCCCUGCAGCCCCCUGGGGUCCAGCACAACCAAGCGAAUGACAACGGGAAUCCAAAUCCAGUGGACGAGGAUGGUGACCGAGAGGCGGAGGCGGCUGCCGCAGUGGACGGGUCAGACGGAGAAGGGCCAAUGAGCGCAGUCCUAGUGCCUCCUCACAGGGUGUCAGUCAUGUGGACAUUGUGGGUUUUCCUCAAAACCUUUUUCUCCUCCCUCCUACCAGAGCUCCCUCAGGUUCCCAACUGAUCCCAUCUACAGUAGUUCAAGGAGCUCCUAGCACUGCUGGCCCCUUGACUUUUCAACAGACCAAGGACAAUUUUUCUAUGGGACGCCAUCUGACCAAACAUCUGUGUGAUGAUUUGGGCUUUUACCCCUCCUAAAUGCUCUUUGCUGCUCCUGUGAGCUUCCCUCCUCCACUGAACAACAACAGGAGGAGGCCGCUAAGGGUGAUGCCAGGACAAGCUUUGAGCUACUGUGAGGAUGUGUAUAUGCACAUAGGCAUAUUUAUAGUCUCUGAAUUAUAAGCAUUUUGGAUACAUGUUCCAUUGAAGGGGUAUUCAGGAAAAAUCGGUUUGUUUUGGAGUAAACACAUUCAUUCAUUGGCACAGAACAGCUGUCCACCGAUGUUAGCGUGUUAGCGUGUUAGCUGUAGUGGCUGUGAGUGUUGCCACCAGCGGCUCAACAGCUUUGGAAUAAUUGUUUUUCUAUCGGGAUUUUUCAAAACCAAAACCCUCCGCACAGACACGGCUCCUCUUGGGCACUGUGUCUGUGUCUGGUGGUCCUGCAUCGCUCUUUGACCAUGUUUUUAUGUAGCGACUGAGUUUCAUGUGAUAGCGGGCGAGCUGGACCCAGCAUGCAGUUCGGCGGGGUCAUUUUAUAAAUGUACAUUUAGUGUUACAAAUUGUAUCACACACUGUUGUGUCGUGGUGUUUUACCUUGAUAAAGAGCGUUUGUGGGUUAUAAAUAUAGUGGGUUAUAAUCAUGACUCCAUCCACCACGAGGAAAUACUGCCCAGGUCUCAUGUUGUGGGAGCACAGAGAGCCUCAAAGCAAACGGACUACGACGAGGCCGCUCUCACAGCUUCUCUAUGGAUGUUUUGUUUCCAAAUGUCCCUUUUGGAAUUUGAAUGUCGUGUCAAAGCUGUGCUCAUUUUUUUAAUCUCUGAAUAUUUCACAAUACCUAUGCAAGUUGCAUGAACUUAUUUGGUCCAUGUUGCCAUUUGUUGCCAAAUGUACUUAUUAGUGUAGAUGAGAUUCACCAUAUUUAGCGAUUGAUUUGCUUCACGAAGCACCUUAACGGCCUCAAUGCUAGCACCAACUGACAGUGACUGGAACUUAAGAAGUUCACACAUAAAAAGAACAAAAUCCAGCAAACCCAAAAUGUGUGUUGGAUGAUGCUUAUUGGAACAGUUGGACUACGAGCUCCUUUACACUUAGAGAAGUUAAGAUAUUAUGUUCUUCUGCACAAGAUGUCUAAUAUAAAUAGUUUCUUUAUGUUUGUUUUGGGUUAAACAAAACAGGUUAAUAUAAAAAUGAGUGCUGUAAAAAUGCUUUAGUACAAACGUUUUUUUAUGUCAGAAGAUAUAUUUAUGGGAUGGGGACAAGUUGACCUCUCAGUUUCUGUGAGUUUUCUAUAUUUCUAUAAUCACCCAAGGAUUGCCUUCAUUUUAAACUAAAUGUGUUGUUGUGACAUCAUUCCACCUUUUCAAAGUGUUUUUACCUCAUUUAAACGAAGAGGCCUCCACUGUCACAGAUGAGUCAUUCGACAAUGCUUUUAUGCUCUUAUAUGCCUCAAGUGCUUUGUUAUAUUAACCGAUUGCAAUCUGUGCGUGUUUUUUCAUCCACGGGUUUCUUCUGUCAGCACCACCACUGUAAGACGGGUGUAGCACACCUUUUUCCCCAGUGGGAGGUCCGCACAGUUCAUGUACAGUGGGAUUUCCCUUUGUGGGAUAACUGCUCCUACUAAGUGUGUGUUGAGGGAGAUUCAACAAUUGAUGCAAUAAAUGUUCCCCCCUGCAGCGGUUGAUUAGUGUUUCUUGUGGU